AUGGCUGUUUCUGCUCGUGAGGAGUUUGUGUACAUGGCUAAGCUCGCUGAACAAGCGGAGAGGUACGAAGAGAUGGUUGAGUUUAUGGAAAAAGUUUCCGCCGCCGUUGACGGCGAUGAACUCACCGUCGAAGAGAGAAAUCUUCUCUCCGUUGCUUACAAAAACGUGAUCGGUGCUCGUCGUGCUUCGUGGCGUAUAAUCUCGUCGAUCGAGCAGAAGGAAGAGAGCCGUGGAAACGAUGACCACGUCGCGGCGAUUCGUGAUUACAGGUCGAAGAUCGAGACGGAGCUUUCUGGAAUCUGCGACGGAAUCCUUAAAUUGCUUGAUUCUAGGCUUAUCCCUGCCGCUGCUUCUGGUGAUUCUAAGGUUUUCUACCUGAAGAUGAAAGGUGAUUACCAUAGGUAUUUGGCUGAGUUUAAGACUGGUCAAGAGAGGAAAGAUGCUGCUGAACAUACUCUUUCCGCUUACAAAUCUGCUCAGGAUAUUGCUAAUGCAGAGCUCGCUCCAACACACCCGAUCCGUCUUGGUCUUGCAUUGAACUUCUCUGUGUUCUACUACGAGAUCCUCAAUUCUCCAGACCGUGCCUGCAACCUCGCCAAACAGGCCUUUGAUGAAGCGAUUGCGGAAUUGGACACACUAGGUGAAGAGUCAUACAAAGACAGCACCUUGAUCAUGCAGCUUCUCCGUGACAACCUCACUCUCUGGACAUCCGAUAUGCAGGACAUGCAGGACGAUGGUGCGGAGGAGAUCAAGGAAGCAUCAGCUCCAAAGCCGGCCGAGGAAUAG